AUGACUGAAUUGUAUGAUUUUCUAUCAAUGGCCAAAAUUUACAAGUCUGAAGCUUGGGCAUCUCUUGUUGGUAUACACGAGCAUUUGUGCUAUGUUGAGCAGUGUAGCCUUAGCCAAAAAGAAUUUCAAUUCUUCAAACAUGGUGCCAUGAGCAUUCCCAGUAUUUACCAAAGCCAACACAUGCUGUUUCCAAUCAACUUUAUUUCACUUGAUAUAAGCAUAUUCUUCAACCACAUCUUGGCCAAAAUUCCCAUCUGUGGUUACCCAGAUUAUUUUCCAGGCCCUUCCCUGCCUGCAACCAAUCUCACUGCCCACAAUUUUUGUUUAUUUCCUGAAUUUCCAGACCAGGUUUUGAUCUCCUCAACCAUGCCUCCUCUUCUGGGCCCCCAUGCCACCCUAGUGGAUCGGGAUCACAUUUUGUGUGCGUGUCCAGAACAUGGCUGCUCUCAAAGCACCAUCAAAUAUCGGGGAAAGGUCAUGCAUGGGCGAUUGUUCAGUCGCAAAAGCUAUCCUAAGCACCUUCAACAGGCACCCACACAGUUGGCUGUCGUGCAGAACCCUGCACCAGCUCUCCCUGCCAGUCCUUCCCGCCCGGCUCCGCAACAACAAAACCUACCCAGUGCACCUUCAAACCAGGGCUCAAUGGUAGCUUCGACCAGCCGCAUGGCCUCUGGUUUUCCCAGGAUUGGCCCAGCGGUGCCCAUUCAACGUCUCCCUCCCAUUGAACCGGCAGUUCCUACCACCCGCAAUAAAAGAGCUAGAGAUGAUGAUUCAGAUGAAGAUUCUAGUUCAAGUAGUGUGGACUCAGCUGUUUGUCAACCAAAAUCCCGGCGUCGCCAACACACAACCGCGGCUAGCACCACAUCUGUUCCCAGCCAUUUCCUACAGCAUCCACUGUGUCUCAGAGAAAUGCUCAUGAUCACCAAAGACCACCUGUUUAAUGGACUUGGUGAAACCGCUUGCCGGAAUCGUCUUCAUGCCGCUCAAGCAAGUGUGACACAGCAGCUUAACAUGCCUGACGCCAAAGCCAAAAACGACAUUGUCAAACAGAUUCCGCUUGGCCUCACAACUCUUCUCAAAACUUGGCAGCUGGAUUCUACCAUCCAAUCCAAAAUCUGCUGCCCGUUCUGCUGUGCAUUGCAGCCAUUACCGUCCCAAGCUGGAGAAGACGUCGAGCCCCUCGUACGAUGCAAUUACCCUCGAUUCACUACAAAAUCCUCUACAAAGCUUGCACAAUUACCUUGCCAACAACCACUGUAUGAGCAAUCUUCCGACAGCAAAUUAGGCAAAAUAUCCAGAUUAUUCUUUUUUCAGCCAGUCCACUCCUGGCUGGCUAAGAUGCUCAAGUUCUCCAAUUUUGAAACUGCGCUUGAUGCAUCUCUCAACCGCCCCUCUCCGCCCAAUCAUCAAAUGGACGACAUCUGGGAUGGCAAAUUGUGGCAAGAACGCAGCCACAAAGACCUCGGUUGGUGUCAUGCUCCUCACAUGUUUUAA